GUUAGCAGCUGUUUAUGCACCUGUUACAGAUAUAGAUGUAUUUGUAUUUGUGCUCCAGAUAGGAAAUGUUGUUCUUUCUCCUGUUUCUGCAGAAGAGAUGACAUGAGAGUGAGUGAGCUGUAGAAUAAUAGGACGUGUUUUUGUGGGCGGAUGUACAGGUUCCACACUCAGCACAGUAUCCAUGGAAACAUUGGGCUUUUAGCAAGUUUCUUUUUUUUCCCUGGCUGAAAGCUUGUCCAGCCAGCACAUACAGACUGAUUAGUUAAAAUAUCCCAUUUCUGUACAAUGACAUGAUGAAAGGCCUGUGUGUUCAGCGUGGUCAUGUGACAGCCUCUCUCACCCUUCGCUGCCUCACUGCCUUUCUUUCAUCCUUUUCAACUCUUAACACUAAAAUGUCUCCUUUGUCUUCUUUCAUCCUCGUUGUCCUAUUUGGUUUUCUUUUAAUAACACCUUACCUGUUCAUCCCCUCUCUUCUUUUCUUAAUCCGUUAUUCCUCCCAUCCUUCUCUCUAUGUGUGUCUUUUUUCUCUUGGUUCGUCCCUCCUUUCCCCCCAUUCAGCAUUUUACAGCGCGGCCCCCCUCACCUCAGCUGGCAUCAUUCCCAUCAUGCAGUCGCUGUGCCCCGAUGGACAGAGGGACGAGUUUGGAUUCCUGCAAUACAAGAACUCCACUGUGACCCAGCUGUUGGAGCGGAUCAGCGAGGUGGUUGAGCAGAACCGACUCUUUACCUCAGACCGACCCGGUUUGGGACAAGAGCUGGAGACCCUGCAGCAGCACCUGGAGAGUCUCAGCACCACCCCUGUACCACCAGACUACAACAACAGCCAAGGCUUCACGCUGGCCAGUGUGUUAAAGAACCAGUCAGUUUUCCAGCAGUUCCUGGUGAAGAACAUCUCUCUGUCCGACUCCACAGCCAGCCUGCUGCUCAACACUCCAGUCAGCCUGAGAGAGGUAUACAGUCUUAUCUUUGGCACAUCUUCCAGAGAGGGAGGAGGGGCCCACAGUUGGAUUCAAGGGGCAAGAGACACUGGACAUAAACCUGGAGAUAAAGUGCUUCAUCUUGAGGAGAAGCUGUUCGGAAGUGUCCACAGUUUGGAUGGAGGUCUGAUUCACAAGGCUUUACAGGACCCAACAAAAGCAGCUCACAGGCAGGCUCUGCUCAGACUGAUGUCCCGAGUUUUAGGCCUGACUGAAGUCACUGGAAACCAGAAGAACGACCAGCAGGCCCUAAAGGAGGUGGAGGGAGUUCUUCUGACCGGUGCCAUGCUGGAGGUCCUCACCUGCGGAGACAGCGGUUCCAGUGAGCUCAGUAAGAUCCUGUUGGUGCCUGAGAAGCAGCUACUGUUGCUUCAGGCCUAUCGCAGCGCAGUGUGCAGCGGAGGGGAGGGUCAAAGGUCAGAGCGCUUCAAGCAGAUGAGCCAGGAGCUUCGAGAGCAGAUCGACACGCAGAGUGUCACUGAGAAGCUUCACUUGGAGAGGUCCAGUUCCUUCGUUCCUCUAGCCCAGUCCCAUCUGGGGGCCUUACUGAAGGACCUGGCUGAUGUGGAGAGGCUUCUCAAGGAUGUGGACCUGCUCUCAGGCCUGGCCCGACUGCUGCCCAAAGGCGCCUGUGCUGGUAGAACUCCCCCCUCACCCACAAACGCCACAUGGUCCCUCAAUGCCACCACGUGGGGCCCCAACACCACAGACAUCCCUGGAGAGGAGGCUGAGGAGGGAGCAGAGGGAGUAGAGGGAGGAGGAGGAGGAGGGAAAGGGAAGGAGGAAGCUGAAAACCCACACUCUCAGUUCUCAGCAUUUGUGCAGCUUUGGGCGGGGCUGCAGCCCAUUCUGUGUGGGAACAACAGGAUCAUUGAGCCGGAGGCCUUGAAGCAAGGUAAUAUGAGUUCUCUGGGCUUUACCAGCAAAGAACAGAGGAACCUGGGCUUACUGGUUCACCUGAUGACUACAAAUCCCAAGAUCCUCUACUCGCCCAUCGGCUCCCAGGUGGAUAAAGUGAUUCAGAAGGCCAAUGAGACAUUUGCAUUCGUUGGGAACGUGACACACUACACCAAAGUGUGGCUGAACAUCUCCGCCCAGCUCAGGACUUUUCUUGAGGAGGGUCGGCUGCACAACCAGCUGGUGUGGUUACAGCAGCUGUCUUCAGAGCUUCAACAGCACCCUGAGCUGUUGAAUGGUACGGACAGUGAGCUAAUACAAGGCCUGAUGGAGGCAAAUUACAGUCUUCCUAACACCUCCACCCUGCUAGAACAGCUGGACACCAUCGACAACGCUGCCUGUGGUUGGACGCGCUUCAUGUCUAAGGUCAGUGUGGAUAUCUUCAAGGGCUUUCCUGACGAGGACAGCAUCGUCAACUACACCCUGAACCAGGCCUACCAGGACAAUGUGUCUGUGUUUGCCAGUGUGAUCUUCCAGACUAACAAAGAUGGCUCCCUGCCACCUCACGUCCUGUACAAAAUAAGACAAAACUCCAGCUUUACUGAAAAGACCAAUGAAAUCCGACGGGCCUACUGGCGUCCAGGACCAAACACUGGGGGGAAAUUCUACUUCCUCUAUGGUUUUGUUUGGAUCCAAGAUAUGAUUGAGAGAGCCAUCAUUAACGCAUUUGUGGGCCACGAUGUGGUGGAGCCUGGUAACUACGUUCAGAUGUUCCCCUACCCGUGUUAUACCAGAGACGAUUUCCUGUUUGUGAUUGAGCACAUGAUGCCUCUGUGCAUGGUGAUCUCCUGGGUUUACUCAGUGGCCAUGAUGAUUCAGCACAUUGUGGCCGAGAAGGAGCACCGACUAAAAGAGGUGAUGAAGAUGAUGGGUCUGAACAACGCAGUUCACUGGGUGGCAUGGUUCAUCACUGGUUUCGUCCAGCUUUCCAUCUCUGUCACUGCUCUGACCGCCAUUUUGAAGUACGGCCGGGUGUUGCUCCACAGUGACCCCUUCAUCAUCUGGCUCUUCCUCACCAUCUACGCUGUGGCUACCAUCAUGUUCUGUUUUCUGGUGUCAGUGAUCUACUCCAAAGCCAAGCUGGCAUCAGCCUGUGGAGGAAUCAUCUAUUUCCUCAGCUAUGUGCCCUACAUGUAUGUGGCCAUCAGGGAGGAGGUGGCCCAUGAUAAGAUCACUGCCUUUGAGAAGUGCAUUGCUUCCCUGAUGUCCACCACAGCCUUUGGCCUGGGUUCAAAAUAUUUUGCCCUAUAUGAGGUUGCGGGUGUUGGCAUCCAGUGGCGAACCAUCAGCCAGUCACCAGUAGAGGGCGAUGACUUUAACCUGGGUCUAUCCAUGAUGAUGCUCAUCAUCGAUGCCGCUGUGUAUGGUGUUCUUACCUGGUACAUAGAGGCAGUGCAUCCAGGCAUGUAUGGGCUUCCCCGCCCCUGGUACUUCCCCCUGCAGAGGUCCUAUUGGUCAGGCAGUGGGCGUGUUGAGACGUGGGAUUGGUCGUGGUGUGGAGGCGGGUCUGCCAGGCUCAGCGUGAUGGAGGAGGAUCAGGCUUGUGCAAUGGACCAGAGGAGAUCUGAGGAGAUGCGGGGCAUUGAGGAGGAGCCAAGCCACCUGCCGUUGGUGGUGUGUAUUGAUAAACUGACCAAGGUGUACAAGACUGGCAGCAAACUGGCCCUGAACAAACUGAGCCUCAACCUGCAUGAAAACCAGGUGGUCUCCUUUCUGGGACACAAUGGCGCCGGCAAGACCACAACCAUGUCCAUCCUGACAGGUUUGUUCCCGCCCACCUCUGGUUCGGCCACCAUAUAUGGUCAUGACAUCCGCACAGAGAUGGAGCGUAUUCGUCAGAACCUGGGCAUGUGUCCACAGCACAACGUCCUGUUUGACAAGCUGAGUGUGGAGGAGCACCUGUGGUUCUACUCCAGACUCAAAGGCAUGGCUGAAGAAGACAUACGCAAGGAGAUGGACAAAAUGAUUGUUGAUCUGGAGUUAUCCAACAAGCGCCACAGCUUGGUGCAGACUCUGUCUGGUGGGAUGAAGAGGAAGUUAUCUGUGGCCAUCGCCUUUGUCGGUGGUUCCAGGGCUGUCAUCCUGGAUGAACCCACAGCGGGGGUGGACCCCUACGCCCGCAGGGCCAUCUGGGACCUCAUCCUCAAGUACAAACAGGGCCGGACUAUUCUGCUGUCCACACAUCACAUGGAUGAAGCAGACCUGCUGGGAGAUCGCAUCGCUAUCAUCUCACAUGGAAAACUCAAGUGCUGCGGCUCUCCACUGUUCCUGAAGAGCACCUACGGAGACGGAUACAAACUGACUCUGGUUAAAAAGCAGAGUGAAGGCCGAGGCGAGGGCAGUCAGCUGCAGCCUCCUCCGUCUCUGUCUCCGUCCUCCUCUCUGUCGCCUUGCUCAGAGGCUCGGGUCACCCAGUUUAUUCGACAGUUUGUGGCAUCGUGCCUGCUGGUGUCCGACUCCAACACUGAGCUGUCCUACAUCCUGCCCUCUGAGGCUGUCAAGAAAGGCUGCUUUGAGAGGCUCUUCCAGGCUUUAGAGCAGAGCCUGGACAGUUUGGCUUUGACCAGUUUUGGAGUGAUGGACACCACCCUGGAGGAGGUCUUCCUCAAAGUGUCUGAGGAGGACCAGUCCCUGGAGAACAGUGAUGCUGACGUAAAGGGUUCUCCUGGGGGCAGCUCAGUGGGAAAAUCCUCAGUGGGUUCAGGAGGCCCGGGGGGGCCGCAGGAUGAGACGGGACCCUCGGUAGAGAGCCAGAAACCGGAAGUGGAGCUGAGUAAUCUGGUGAUGUGCUCCAGGCUGAGCCAGAGCCAGUCCUCCAUAAAGUCCUCCUCCUCCAUCGGAUCAGUGAGGGGGGACGAGGGGGGGCUCUAUGCAGACUUCUAUGGAGAUUACUGUCCCCUCUUUGAUAACCAGGAGUCAGACUCUGCAAGCCUGAGAGGCGAUGCAGAGAACCCCUCAUCCACAGAGCCAGAGGUCCUGGAGGGGCAGGGCAGCUUCAAACUGGAGGGUUGGUGGUUAAAGCUGAGUCAGUUCCACGGCCUUAUCGUGAAGAGGUUCCACUGUGCCAAGAGAAACACCAAGGGCCUCUUCUCUCAGAUCCUUCUACCUGCCUUCUUUGUUUGUGUGGCCAUGACUGUAGCUUUAUCUGUGCCUGAGAUAGGAGACUUGCCGCCCCUGAUCUUGUCCCCAUCUCAGUAUCAUAACUACACCCAACCAAGAGGCAACUUCAUCCCCUAUGCCAAUGAAGACAGACCUCAGUACAGGAGUAAGCUGUCCCCAGAUGCCAGCCCACAGAAGAUCAUCAACACCCUCCGCCUCCCCUCUGGUGUGGGUGCUACCUGCGUCCUCAAAACACCCUUCAACAGCACCCUGGACCAGCUGGCCCAGACCCUCAACCCCAGCGCCAACAACUCCAAAACCCUGGCAGCCCGCUACUUUGACUCCAUGUGUCUGGAUUCCUUCACACAGGGAGUCCCCCUCUCCAAUUUUGUGCCACCCCCUCCCUCACCUGCACCUUCAGAUGACCCAGACCCUCGCUUUGAGGACGGGCUGUGGAACUUCACAGUUGCCCCCCCAACCACAGUCCAUGAGCCUGUGACAUCUCCUCCCACCCUCCCUCUGUCCAUCCAUGAGCCGGUACGUUGUAUCUGCUCCAUGCAGGGGACAGGCUUCUCCUGCCCCAGCGGAGUGGGAGGACGGCCCCCACUCAUGAAGGUGGUGACAGGUGACAUUCUGGUGGACAUCACAGGUCGCAAUGUGUCUGAAUAUCUCCUCUUCACAUCAGACAGACUGCGCCUGCACAGGUAUGGUGGUUUAACAGUGGGAAACAUCCAGAAAUCAAUCCCAGCAUCCUUUGGGAGAAAGAUUCCUCCAAUGGUUCGCAAGAUAGCAGUCCGCAGAUCAGCUCAGGUUCUGUAUAACAACAAAGGUUACCACAGCAUGCCUACCUAUCUGAACGUCCUCAACAACGCCAUCCUGCGUGCCAACCUGCCUGUAUCCAAGGGCAACCCUGCUGCUUAUGGUAUCACACUGACAAACCACCCAAUGAAUCGAACCAGCGCCAGCCUAUCUUUGGACUACUUGCUCCAGGGAACAGAUGUGGUGAUAGCCAUCUUCAUCAUUGUCGCCAUGUCCUUUGUGCCAGCCAGCUUUGUGGUUUUCUUGGUUGCAGAGAAAUCCACUAAGGCCAAACAUCUGCAGUUUGUCAGCGGCUGUGAUCCUGUCAUCUACUGGCUGGCUAAUUACAUCUGGGACAUGCUGAACUACCUGGUGCCGGCCACAUGCUGCGUUAUCAUUCUGUUUGUGUUCGACCUGCCGGCUUACACCUCCCCAACUAACUUCCCUGCAGUCCUCUCCCUCUUCCUCCUCUACGGGUGGUCCAUCACUCCCAUCAUGUACCCAGCGUCCUUCUGGUUCGAGGUUCCCAGCACAGCCUACGUGUUCCUCAUAGUGAUCAACCUCUUCAUAGGCAUCACCGCCACAGUCGCCACCUUCCUCCUCCAGCUCUUUGAACAUGACAAGGAUCUGAAAAAGGUCAACAGUUACCUUAAGUCGUGUUUCCUGAUCUUCCCCAACUACAACCUGGGGCACGGACUGAUGGAGAUGGCCUACAACGAGUACAUCAACGAAUACUACGCCAAAAUAGGCCAGUUUGACAAGAUGAAGUCUCCGUUUGAAUGGGACAUCGUGACUCGAGGACUUGUUGCCAUGACAAUCGAAGGCUUCGUUGGCUUCCUCAUCACCAUCCUGUGCCAGUACAACUUCCUCAGGAAACCUCCGAGGGUGCCAGUCAGCUGCCAGCCUAUAGAGGAUGAUGAUGUAGACGUGGCCUGUGAGAGACGAAGAGUGCUGAGAGGAGACGCUGACAACGACAUGCUGAAGAUCGAGAACCUCACAAAGGUUUAUAAAUCCAGGAAGAUGGGUCGUAUCCUGGCAGUGGACCGGCUGUGUCUGGGGGUCCGGCCUGGCGAGUGCUUCGGGCUGCUGGGAGUGAACGGAGCCGGGAAGACCACCACCUUUAAGAUGCUGACAGGAGACGAGUGUACCACUGGAGGAGAAGCCUUCAUUAACAGGAACAGUAUCCUGAAGGACCUGUUACGUGUACAGCAGAGUAUUGGUUACUGCCCACAAUUUGACGCUCUGUUUGACGACCUGACAGCCAGGGAACAUCUGGAGCUUUACACUCGUCUACGUGGCAUUCCAUGGAAGGACCAGGAGAGGGUGGUGCAAUGGGCAUUAGAAAAGCUGGAGUUGUCUAAGUAUGCAGACAAGCCUGCUGGUACUUACAGUGGAGGGAACAAACGUAAGCUUUCCACUGCCAUCGCUCUGAUUGGAUACCCAUCACUCAUAUUCCUGGAUGAGCCGACCACUGGGAUGGAUCCAAAGGCCCGCAGAUUCCUCUGGAAUUUAAUCCUGGACAUAAUCAAGACUGGACGUUCAGUGGUGCUGACAUCACACAGUAUGGAGGAGUGUGAGGCUUUGUGCACCAGGCUGGGCAUCAUGGUGAAUGGCAGGUUUAAAUGUCUGGGCAGCAUCCAGCAUUUAAAGAACAGGUUCGGGGACGGUUACAUGAUCACAGUGAGGACCAAGAGCAGCUCCAACGUGAAGGAGGUGGUUAGAUUCUUCAACAGGAACUUUCCAGAGGCCGUGCUGAAGGAGCGUCACCACACCAAGGUCCAGUACCAGCUGAAGUCUGAGCGGAUCUCCCUGGCUCAGAUCUUUAGUAAGAUGGAGCAGGUGGUGGAGGUUCUGGGUAUAGAGGACUACUCUGUCAGUCAGACCACUCUGGACAAUGUGUUUGUCAACUUUGCCAAGAAGCAAAGUGACAACCUGGAGCAGCAGGAGGUGUCGCCCCCCGGAGGUGGACAGUCGCCCCUGCAGCGCAUCCUCAACCUGCUGAAGUCUCGGCACGCCAACACGGAGCUCAACGCUCUGAUCAGUGAGCCUGCAGAGGAGCUGGAGAGUGACGAUGAUGAAGGACUCAUCAGCUUCGAAGAGGAAAGGGUACAGCUCUCCUUCAACACAGACACUCUCUGUUGAAACGAGCACCUUCAUUAAGGAGCAGAGAGAGAG